GCGAGCCUUCUAUAGAUGUUGGCGUUUAAAUUAUUAUAGACAAUAUCGAAUCGAAACAAUUGAGCAAUAUGGGACACAGUGACAAACAGAAUCAGUCAGAAAACAGCAGAAGUAUCGAUAAGGCUGACCACCUAGAUUUAGGCAGAGAAGUCGAUUAUGACGAGUUGCUCUCAUCCGCCGGGGAAUUCGGCCGCUACCAAGUAUUUCUAUUUAUUUCGACGUUCCCCUUUUAUGUGUUUGGUGUGUUUGCCUAUUUUUCUCAAUUAUUCUUAACCGAAGUAUCGCCCAAUCACUGGUGUUGGAUACCUGAACUAGAAAACUUGACUGAUAUCGAACGAAGACAAUUGGCGAUUCCCUCCGACGCGAGUUCAGAGUUUGGAUACUCGCGGUGCUCCGCCUACGUUGCCAAUUGGACUGAAGUUCUUAGCACAGGUCAUCAGCCGAACAGCUCUUGGAGUACUCAAUCCUGUCAAUAUGGAUGGGAGUUUAAUAAGACUGAAAUACCUUAUGCCACUAUCUCGAGCGAACUUGGAUGGGUCUGCGAAAGGAAUAGCUAUCAAGCAACAGCUCAAUCGAUAUUUUUCAUCGGUUCUGUGUUUGGAGGCUUUCUUUUUGGAUGGGUGGCAGACCGAUUUGGUAGAUUACCGGCUGCAACUAUAAGUAACGUAGUUGGGUGCGUCGCUGGUGUGCUGAGUAUAUUUACAAGAAACCUUUUAGAGUUUUCAUUAAGUCGACUCUUAAUGGGAAUAUCAUACGAUGCCUGCAUGAAUAUGGCGUACCUACUGGUUCUGGAGUAUGUUGCUCCAAAAUACAGAACCAUCAUCGCCAACUUACCGUUUGCGAUAUUCUACACAGCAGGAGCAGUCGUGCUACCUUGGAUAGCUCUCGCAUGCGACGACUGGAAGAUACUAAGCUUAGUGACUAGUGUUCCUAUGGCCCUAUCAGUUUUAGCUCAUUUUAUUGUGCCUGAGAGCCCUCGCUGGCUUUUAUCUAAAGGAAAAGUUAAUGGAGCCAUCGAAAGAAUUGUGCGAAUAGGCCAAGUAAACAAGAAAGAAGUUCCACAAAAACUUAUUGAACAAUUCAAAGCGUCACACAGUAAGAAGGGCAAAGAAGAAAACGUAAGUUUCCUAUACCUACUAAGGAGACCUCUGCUAAGAAAAAUGUUUAUUAGCGUAUGUCUGGAGUACACUUGCUGCAUGCUGAUAUUUGACGCCCUAGUGAGGAGUAUCGGAGGUUUCGGCUUUGACUUUUUCUUAUCUUUUACUUUCUUAUCAAUGACCGAAUGUCCGUCGUUGCUUCUAAUUUCGUUUAUCUUAGAUUAUACCGGUAGAAAGUGGCUUUUGUUUGUGGCCAUGGUAAUCUGUUCGAUUUUUAGCGUGAUGAGCACAUUUAUAGGUAGAGGUCUGCCUUCGAUAAUGUGUGCAGUGAUAGCGAGGUUCUUUAUCAAUAUGUCGUGUAAUACAUGCAUGCAGUGGGCGGCAGAGAUGCUCCCUACUCCUGUGAGGGGUUCGGGUGUGUCCAUAGUCCACAUUUGCAGCUUCUUGGCUACAAUUAUCUCCCCUUACGUAGUAUACUUAGAGAACUUCGUGACUUGGCUCCCUCUUGUUAUUAUUGGAUGCGUCGCACUGCUCGGUGCCGUUUUGGCACUAUUACUCCCUGAGACCGUUAACAGGGAUAUGCCACAAACAUUCGACGAAGCUGAAACACUCAUUAAAACACAAAAGUUCUUUGAUGUGCCAUGCCUAAAUAAGAAAGUAGACAAUGAUGCUAUUGGCCAUGUUAAUUCUUCAUUUGAAUUGAACUAAGUUGGAGAUUUUAUUUCUAAACUGUCUGUUUUAAUAUUGUAAAGAAGCAUU